CAUUGAUCUAUUUUUGUCGUUGUUGGUGUGAUUUUAAGAUACUAUUACAAAUGCAUCCUUUAAGUUUAUCUCUGCAGUCAAAGCCGUCAUGAAGAGAAUUACUGUAUUUCAAAAUGGCAUACCAGCAGACGGGAGGUUGCUGCUUGUGCCACCGACUCAAACACUUAAAGAACUUUUAGAAGAAUGUGGCCAAAAAUUUGAUUGUGAUGGCAAAAUUUUGUACACAGCCAAAGGGGCAGUGCUAGAUGACAUCGCUUUUGUCAGGGAUGAUGAUGUUUAUUAUCUCUCAGAUGGAAAACCUUUCAUAAGUCCGUCCAAGUCAGGAGUUGUGUUUCGUCCACGAUCAUUUUCCUCUAUUAGCCCUAGAAAUGAUUGCAAGCGACACUCUCGUCUCCCUAAUGAAGGGACUACAAAUAAGUGUACUUGUAGUAGCUCAGAAUGGGUGACUCUCAAUGUUGGUGGCAGAAUGUUUACCACAACCAGGAGUACCCUUACACAACAAGAACCAGAAAGUAUGCUUGCCAGAAUGUUUUGUGAUGAAGAUCAGUGGUACAGCAGCGUAGAUGUUACUGGAGCUUAUUUGAUUGACAGAAGUCCCCGAUAUUUUGAACCAAUCCUCAACUACCUCCGACAUGGUCAACUUAUCCUUGAUAAAGACAUUAAUCCAGAAGGUGUCCUAGAAGAAGCAAAGUUUUUUGGUCUGACUUCUUUGAUGGAAAAUCUGGAAGAUGUCAUUGAGAAAAACCAAGUACCAGAUGAUAGCACACCGAUCACAAGGAGAGAAUUUGUUCUGCGACUGUUAUCCACCCCCACCAAUAAGGAACUUCGAUGUCAGGGUAUGAAUUUUACAAAUGCAAAUCUUUCCAAACUGGACUUGAGAUAUAUCAACUUCAAGUACGCUGUUCUCAAGAAUGCCAAUCUGAGUGGAGCAAAUUUAUCCUACUGUAAUUUUGAGAGGGCGGAUUUGUGUCAUGCUGUUCUUGAUUCUGCUAACUUGCUGGGAGUGAAAAUGCUCUGUGCAAAUAUGGAAGGCACUUCAUUAAAGGGAUGCAACUUUGAGGACCCUGCAGGAAGUCGUGCCAACAUGGAAGGUGCACUAAUGAAAAGUGUGAAUUUGGAAGGAAGUCACAUGGCGGGUGUGAAUUUGAGAGUGGCAACAUUAAAGAAUGCUAACUUACAGAACUGUGAUCUCAGAGGGGCUGUAUUAGCUGGGGCAGAUCUUGAGAACUGUGAUAUGUCUGGUUGUGAUCUACAAGAAGCAAACCUGCGAGGGGCCAAUUUGAAGGGGGCUGCACUCAAGUUGAUGUUAAAUCCUCUCCAUAUGGCCCAGGCUGUGAGGUGAAAGGUUAAACAAAAAGCAGGAACUUUAAUCACAGUUAAUUGGCAAAGAAAGUGGAUCCAGUCGUUGAUUUAAUCAUAGAUAAGUCAGGAACAGCAAAAAUAUUUUUUGAAUCAAAAAAUAUUUGGCUAUUUAUUAAAAGUAAGAAGUGAUUUUGUUUAUAUUUAAAUAAAAUGAGCUUAUUUAAAGAGCAUUUUUAUGUGAAAAUUUAAUUUGACCAUGUUUUGAUCUCAGAAAAUUAUUAAAAAC